AUGCCUUCUGAAAUCCUAACACGCGAGGAAGUCGCUAAGCACACCACCGAGGAUUCCCUCUGGUGCAUCAUUGACCACCGAGUCUAUGAUCUAACAGAUUUUGUCGACGCCCACCCCGGUGGCAGCGUUGUCCUUGCUCAGGUCGCCGGCCAGGACGCAACAUCUGAAUUCUACAACCUGCACCGCCAGGAGGUACUUGAGAAAUACCGCGACCAGCUUUGCAUAGGAAUUAUUGAAGGUGAAAAGCCCGAGGUCAUCGAACCUACACCUGGCGCCCUGAGCCCCGUCCCCUACGCCGAACCGUUAUGGCUACGUCCGGAAUUCAAGUCCCCUUACUACAAAGAGACCCAUCGACGCCUGCAGAAGGCAGUCCGCGAAUUCACGGACAAAUAUGUCACGCCCGAGGCCCAAGAGAAGGAACGAGAUGGUACCUAUAUUAGCCAGGAACUCAUCAACCGUAUGGCCGAGACGAACGUAUUGGCCAUGCGACUGGGCCCGGGAAAGCAUUUGCACAACCGCACCUUGCUUGGUGGUGCUGUCGAUGGCAAGGAAUUCGAUUACCUCCACGAUAUGAUUGUGACACAAGAGUUGGUCCGUGCCAAUGCCAGAGGAUUCCAGGAUGGCAAUAUGGCCGGUAUGGCUAUCAGUUUGACCGCCGUCCAGCAGUGGCUGCGUGACCCUGUCCUCAAAGAGCGGAUUAACGGUGAGGUGUUGUCGGGCCAGAAGAAGAUGUGCCUGGCUAUCACUGAGGCCUUUGCUGGUAGUGAUGUUGCUGGCUUGAAGACUACUGCCGAGAAGACUCCCGAUGGCAAGUAUUAUAUUGUGAACGGAACGAAGAAAUGGAUCACAAACGGCAUGUUCGCCGACUAUUUUGUUACUGGAUGCCGUACGGAGAAGGGCUUCUCGGUGCUUUUGAUUCCUCGGGGCGAGGGCGUUGAGACGAAACCUAUCAAAACCUCAUACUCAACUGCUGCUGCUACCGCAUUCGUGCAAUUUGAGAAUGUCAAGGUCCCAGUCCAGAACCUUCUUGGCGAGGAACACAAGGGCUUUAUUGUUAUCAUGAGCAACUUCAACCAUGAACGAUUCAUGAUGGUGGCCGCAGUAGUCCGAAUGUCGAUGACCGUUGUGGAAGAGACCAUGAAAUGGUGCAAUCAACGCAUCGUUUUCGGCAAGAAGUUGAUUGAACAACCCGCCAUCCGUCAAAAACUGGCUCGCAUGAUCUCCCUCACAGAGUCCAACCAGGCUUGGCUCGAGUCCAUCGCCUAUCAAAUGUGCAACAUGACAUAUGCCGAACAAGCGAAGCACCUUGGUGGACCAAUUGGAUUGCUGAAAUCACACUGUACUCAAGCUGCCGGUGAAAUUGCCAGCCACGCCACAAAUAUCUUUGGCGGUCGCGGUAUCACUCAGUCAGGAAUGGGCAAGAUCAUUGAGAUGUUCCACCGCACGUACAAGUUCGAUGCUAUCCUGGGUGGAACCGAGGAGAUUCUGGCAGAUUUGGGAGUGCGGCAGGCGAUGAAGAACUUCCCGAAGGCGAUGCUAUAA